AUGCCUGACUUCGGACAAGCCACUGAGCUCAAGGCAUGGUCGGCCCUCGUUGACCAUCAUAACGCCGUCGGCCGCAACAUCGUCCUCAAGGAGGCAUUCGAGAAAGACCCCCAGAGAUUUGACAAAUUCAAGAGAGUCUUCAAGAACUCCGUAGACAACUCGGAAAUCUUGUUCGACUUUUCCAAGAAUUUCAUCACCGAGGAGACCAUUGAACUACUGGUCAACCUUGCAAAAGAAGCUGGACUCGAAGAGAAGCGAGACGCUCUUUUCGCUGGAGACAAAGUCAACUUCACGGAGCAUCGAGCUGUCUUCCACCCUGCUCUUCGCAAUGUCACAAAUGACCCGAUGUCCGUGGAUGGCAAGAGUGUCGUCGAAGACACCAAUGCCGUCCUAGAUCACAUCAAGGAAUUCACCGAGCAGGUCCGCAGCGGCGAAUGGAAGGGUUAUACAGGCAAGAAGAUCAACACCAUUGUCAACAUCGGUAUUGGUGGAUCUGAUCUUGGUCCUGUCAUGGUCUCCGAAGCUCUCAAGUACUAUGGAGAUAGAAGCCUGAAACUUCAUUUCGUCUCCAACAUUGAUGGCACACAUAUUGCAGAAGCUCUCAAGGACUCGGAUCCAGAGACAACUCUCUUCCUUAUCGCCUCAAAGACCUUCACAACAGCCGAAACCGUCACAAACGCCAAUACCGCCAAAUCAUGGUUCCUCAAGUCAGCAAAGGAAGAGGACAUCGCAAAGCACUUCGUUGCCCUCUCUACAAACGCUGAAGAGGUUGCCAAGUUCGGCAUUGAUACCAAGAACAUGUUCGGUUUUGAGAGCUGGGUGGGUGGAAGAUACUCAGUCUGGUCAGCAAUUGGUCUGUCUGUGGCUCUUUACAUUGGUUAUGACAACUUUCACCAAUUUUUGGCCGGUGCCCACGCUGUCGACGAGCACUUCCGGAAAACUCCUCUUCAUGAGAACAUUCCUGUCAUUGGUGGCCUACUGAGUGUCUGGUACUCCGACUUCUUCGGAGCUCAAACUCAUCUGAUUGCACCUUUUGACCAAUAUCUUCACCGAUUCCCAGCUUACCUACAACAAUUGACCAUGGAGUCAAAUGGUAAGGCAGUCACUCGUAACGGCGAGUAUGUCAAGUACACCACCGGUGCCAUCUUCUUCGGCGAGCCAGCCACAAACGCACAGCACUCAUUCUUCCAGCUGUUGCAUCAAGGCACCAAGCUUAUCCCCACCGAUUUUAUCCUAGCUGCCAACUCCCACAACCCAGUUGAGGGAGGUGUCCACCAGAGAAUGUUGGCCUCCAACUUCCUCGCUCAGGCUGAGGCUCUUGCCAUUGGCAAGUCGCCCGAAGAGGUCAAAGCCGAGGGUGCACCAGAUGAGUUGGUUGCUCACAAAACCUUCCUCGGAAACAGACCCACCACCAACAUCCUGGCCGACAAAAUCACCCCCGCCACAUUGGGUGCUCUUAUCGCUUACUACGAGUGGUUGGUCUUCACAGAAGGUAUCGUGUGGAAUAUCAACAGUUUCGACCAGUGGGGUGUUGAGUUGGGCAAGGCUCUGGCUAAGAAGAUCCAAAAGGAACUCGAGACCGAAGGUGCUGGAUCUGGCCAUGACUCCUCGACGUCUGGUUUGAUCGCUGCCUUCAAGGCUAGAGGCGGUUUGAAGUAG